AUGGAGUUCCUUCUGAUGGGAUUUUCUGAUGUUCCUGAGGGACAGAUUUUGCAUUUUGGGAUAUUCCUCUCCAUUUACAUCAUAGCCUUAUCUGGGAAUAUUCUCAUAAUUGUAGCCGUGUCCCUCAACCACCAACUUCACACCCCCAUGUAUUUUUUUUUGGUAAACUUAUCCUUGUCAGACAUCUGUUUUAUUUCCAUCACUGUCCCCAAAUCCAUGGCCACUUCCUUAACAAACAGCAAACUGAUUUCUUUCUAUGGGUGUGUCAUGCAGAUUUUCUUAGUGGUCACCUUUGCAACUGCUGAGGUAGCCCUGCUGACCAUCAUGGCUUACGACCGCUUUGUAGCCAUUUGCCAUCCUCUACAGUAUACCUUGAUCAUGAAUUGGGAUGCCUGUGCUCAGAUGGCAGCUGCUUCCUGGAUAAGCAGUGUGAUGCAUUCAGUCUUACACACUAGUGUCACAUUUAGUUUAAGCUUCUGUGCAUCCAAUAUUGUUGAACAGUUUUUCUGUGAUAUCCCUCAGCUACUAAAGAUCUCUUGCACAGAUACAAAAGUGAAUCAAACUCUGGUAUUCAUAACUGGCAGUGUCGUGAAUGCCUUCUGCUUCAUGUUCAUCUUUGUUUCCUAUGGCUACAUCUUCUCUGCUGUACUGAAGAUCCCAUCCGUUCAAGGCAGAUAUAAAGCUUUCUAUACUUGCGCUCCUCACUUGAUGGUCUUUUCUUUAUUUAUGGUCACAGCUAUAUUUUCCUACAUGAGGCCUAAAGCGCUUUCCACUCCAACUGUGGACUUACUCUCUGCUUUCCUGUAUGCUGUUUUACCACCAGUGCUGAAUCCUAUCAUUUAUAGCCUCAGGAAUAAGGAGAUCCAAGAAGCUGUGUGCAAAAUAUCCAAAAAAAUUAAAGCUCUUUUUGUAUGA